AUGGGGCCCUGUUAAUCUUAAUCUAAAUUGAAAUCAAGUAAAAAUUUGCAACAACCAACUUUAAUCCGAAAAACCGACCAAGUGCUCACAAAUAACAACCCUUCAAUGAUUCUUCCAAGUUUUUCUCCUAACCCAGAAGUUAUUAGCGAACCUUAUGACGAUACUAAAAAGAGUCUGUCCUAACUUAAGGUUUAUAAAUUCUCAUACUAACGAUUUUACAGUGAAAUCACAUAAGGUAACAUGAAAUGUAUGAAUAUUUGUUUAAUUAAAUAAGUGUCAUCAAAUUAGAAGUUGGUUCAGCAUAAUCUAACUGGUAAAAUUAGAGUAGUGGAACAAUAUGAAAGGAAUCAAUAAAAUGAAGAAUUUAUCACCCAAUUGAAAUGUUAUCCUCUGGUAAUAAAUAAAACAUAAUUAUUAUAUAGGAUAACCCUCGAAUUGUUAAUGUGCAUGAAUUAUAUAUUGAUGAGGAAUCCUUCUAUUUGAUUAUGGAUUAUUGUAGUGGAGGUUAACUCUCCAAUUACUAUGUCGAUAAAUCCAUAAUUCCAUUUAAUGAAGUUGAAAUAGCUUCAAUUAUCUAUUAAGCAGCAGAAUCUCUAAGAUAUUUGGAAAAGAUGGGAUUAACUCAUGGUUUCCUUAAUUUAAAUAGCUUUUCUAGAGUUGAUACAUCAAAUAAUUUUCAAAUUAAACUUAGUGAUAUAAGAGGUCUAUUUGUAAAGCCAGAGUUAAAUGAAUAAAAUGUUUUUAGUCUUCCACCUGAAGCAUGUAAUACAAAAGAUUAAAACGUAUUCAAUCACUCUAGAGAUGUUUGGUGUUUGGGAGUGAUGGCAUACUAGAUGAUAUGUGGAUAUCCUCCAUUUGAAGGAAAUACAAUUGAAUCAGUGAAAUCAUAAAUUAAAAAGAUGGCUGCUCAAUAUAAUAAUUUUUAAUUCGAUAGAGUAUCUAAAUUAUGUAGACAAUUAAUUUAAAGAAUUUUGGCACCUCUUAAAUAAAGAAUAUCAAUUGUAGCAUUAAUGAAUGAUUAAUGGUUUAAAAUUAGAAUUAAAUAAAAUGAUUAAAGUAUCUUAAAUAAACUUUAACAAAAUAAGGUCAAAAUUUCAGAACUUUAACAAUUAUUUUUGAUUUUUAUGAUCAAAAACAUAUGUUCAGCUGAUUAAUAAUAACUUUAUACUGAAUUUGUGAAUUUGGAUGAAAAUUAAGAUGGAUAAUUAACUAAGGAAGAGAUUUUUAAAGUUUAUUCAAAUAGAUUUGCAUCAAAAGCAGAUGCAAAAGCAUUUAUUGAAAAUAUAUUUAAAAUAGCAGAUGUUGAUAAAAGUGGAACAAUAGAUUUUGGAGAAUUUUUAGUAGCAAUAACUGAUAAACCAGGGUUGUUAACUGAGGAAAAUUUGAAAACAACAUUUAAGAUGGUUGCUUCUAGCAAUGGUAAAUUAACUACACAAAAACUCAGAUUUCAUUUUAGUACUUGCUUAUCCAAAUUAGAUAAAUUGUUCUCAGAAAACUUUGCUAAUCCAUAAGUAUUUUAUAUUUAUAAAUUUUAGAAUGUGGGUUAUUCAGAAUUUGAAUUAUUGAUGAAAUAGUUAUUGUGA